AUGGCUCCAGGGGACUCCGAUCUCCUCGUCUCCCAGCAAGGCGGCGUGAUCCUCUACGUGGGCUCCACGGCUGGCUCCAGCCCUACCCCGGGCAGCCCACCCGGCGGCUACCUGGUGCCCUCCCCACAGCAUUCCCUGCCCUCGUCGCUGGAGGAGCUGACGCUGACCGAGAUUGGGGCCAUCAAGCCGCAGGGCUCCAGCUCGCCAUCCUCGCCUAAGGUGGCCUUCCAGUUCCCGGAGGGGGUCAGGUACCCCAGCAAGGGCCAGUCGCCCCCCACCCAGAGCAGAGUUGCCACGGCCAAGCAGAACGGCAUGACCGGCACCUUCACUAAGACGGGCGGGAUGGUGCUGUUGUGCAAGGUGUGCGGGGACAUCGCCUCCGGCUUCCACUAUGGUGUCCACGCCUGCGAGGGCUGCAAGGGCUUCUUCCGGCGCAGCAUCCAGCAGAACAUCAACUACAAGAUGUGCGUGAAGAACGAGAACUGCAUGAUCAUGCGCAUGAACCGCAACCGCUGCCAGCACUGCCGCUUCAAGAAGUGCCUCGCCGUCGGCAUGUCCCGCGACGCGGUGCGCUUCGGGCGCAUCCCCAAGCGGGAGAAGCAGCGCCUGCUGGACGAGAUGCAGAGCUACAUGAACAGCCUCAACGAGGCCCCCAUGGACGUGGGGCUGGGGCCCGAGGGGGAGGCGCCCCCCAGCCCCGACGCCCAGGAGGAGGAGGCCAUCGGCGCCAUCUCGCGAGCCUAUCACGACAUCUUUGUCAGCGGGCAGGACCGGCUGGGCAAGCGGGCCGAGUCCUACCCCUCACUCAGGUACGCCGACCAGCAGCUCAACAACGGCUACGCCUACGGGCAGUACGACUCGGCCGGCCUGCCCCUCUCCGGCUACGGCGCCUGCCCCCAGGAGGCCCCCGGCUACGUGGACAAUGGGCCCCGCCGCUUCGGCAACGACAUCUACCAGGCCCAGCAGGCCGGCUACCUGGCCAACGCCGGGCACUACCCCACCUUCGACUACGGCUACUCCGAGGGCAGCCCCCAGAGGGCGUGUCCCUGGCGCUCGGCCACCAGCAGAGGCAUUGCGUGCCCGCUGAACGCCAGCCCCUACUGCAGCGACGGCAAGAGCAGCCAGCAGGUGUGGGAGGAGUUCUCCCAGUGCUUCACGCCCGCCGUCAAGGAGGUGGUGGAGUUCGCCAAGAGCAUCCCGGGCUUCCAGUCGCUCUGCCAGCAGGACCAGGUCAUGCUCCUCAAGGCGGGCACCUUCCAGGUGCUGAUGGUGCGGUUCUCCUCCCUCUUCAACCCCAAGGAGAAGGUGGUGACGUUCCUGAGCGGCGAGACCUACUCGCUCUGCAGCCUGCGCUCCAUGGGCAUGGGCUGCCUGCUGGACGCCAUGUUCGAGUUCAGCGAGAAGCUCGGCUCUCUCGGGCUGGAUGCCCAGGAGAUGGCGCUCUUCAUGGCCGUCGUCCUUGUCUCGGCAGAUCGCUCUGGCAUCUCAGACGUGGAUGCCGUGGAAAUCCUUCAGGAGACCCUCAUCCGGGCCCUGCGGACUCUGGUGACAAAGAAGCACCCCGACGACUCCACCCUCUUCCCCAAACUCCUCCUGCGCCUUCCCGACCUGCGGACCCUCAACAACCAGCACUCGGAGAAGCUCCUGGCCUUCCGGAUCGAUCCUUAAGCCCACCGGAGACGCCCGCCCUCCGAGCCUAGGGGGAGAAGGAUCAAGAAC